UUAUUUUUAUCAAAUUUUAUUGAAUUAAAGAAUAUUUUUUCAGGAGAAUCUAAACAUGAUUCACUUUUUUGUUUUUAUAAUUAUUGCUUUGUUAAUUAACUUUAUUAUUUUAUUUAUUAGUUUUUUUGUAAUUGAUGCAUAUUCUAAAUACUUUGAGUACUUUUCUUUUAUCUUUUUAUAUUUAUCAAUUCUUAGAUUUUUUAUAAUUUUUAAUAAUAUUUAUUUGAUAUACUUCCAUAAUUCAGAAUGGGUUAUUUCGAUAUUUUCAUUUAUUUUUUAUGUAUAUUUGAUUAAAUAUUUUUAUUUAU